AUCAGCCCUUGCAGCUUUGAACUUCCAAGUUCUGAAGCACGCAAUAAUCGAUUAUCAGCUUUGCAAUAAUCGAUUAUCAGCCUUUGCAGCCAAAACCCAGAAUCUUCAGAGAGGACCAAUAAUCGAUUAUCACUUGUUGACAAUCGAUUAUCUGGGUUACCGUUGUCCUCCAACGGAUAGAAUUUUAAAUUUUUGGACAGGGAAUCUUUGGAUAAUCGAUUAUCAUGACCUGGACGGAUUAGGGUGUUACACCCGGUCGGUCCGCACGUUCUCAAAAUGAUUGGUUACAUAACCAAUCUGGAGAAACUCGGGUUCUCCUUGCAGAAGGAGCUGGCAUUGGACCUGAUCCUGCAGUUGCUCCCUGAGCUGUAUAAGGGUUUUGUCAUGAACUACAUGAUGCAUGAUCUUGACAAACCCCUUCCGGAGCUUCUUAAAAUGCUCCAGACUGCAGAGGAGAACCUUACUAAGGGCAAGGGUGCUUCCGUCCUUAUGGUCCAAGGCGGAAAGGGGAAGCCGAAGAAGGGGAUUAAGAUUAAGGCUAGGACGGUCGGAAAGCCUAAAUCGAAGUCCACUUCAUCUGCAACCCAGAAACCCAUAGGAGGAAUUUGGGGCUGUGAGGCUUAUGUCAAACGUCUUAUGACGAAUGGCAAGCUUGACGCCAAGUCUGAUAAGUGUUUCUUCGUGGGAUACCCAAAGGAAACUCGAGGGUAUUCAUUCUAUCACCCUAUCGAUAAGAAGGUAUUCGUUGCUCGCAAUGGUGUCUUCCUCGAGAAGGAAUUUCUCUCCAACGCAACUAGUGGGAGAAAGAUAGAGCUCGAAGAAAUUCGAGACGACGAAGAAACUACCGUGCCGGUUCUGGAACAUGAGCUAGAGGAACAAACCGUUGUACCUCAAAAUGCUCAAGAUACACAAGAACCCCGUAGGUCUAACCGGUUACGCACACAACCUAAAAGGUAUGGAUUCCUCCUAACCUUUGAGGGUGACGUAAUGCUUAUCGACCAGGAUGAGCCGUAGACCUACCUCGAGGCAAUCAGUUGUCCCGAG